AUGCCCCAGAAUGAGCAGAUUUCACGCAUGUUCACUACACUACACUUCAGGAUGGGAAGGGUUGGUGAGAAAAUCUACCAUGUUUGGCAGUGUGAUGGCGUCGCCAGUGGUUUCCUCGUUCACAGCUGUUCCGUUGGAGAUGGACGGGGCGAAAGAGUUGAUCUUAUCGAUGUAAAUGGCUGCGCUGUUGAUCCUGCCAUACAACCUGACAUCAACUACGUGGAUCCGAACAACGCCGUUGUGGAAGUGCUCGGCUACAAGUUCAGUGAUGCCAGUGUCCUUAACUACGAGUGCGUUGUGGAAGUUUGCCGCACAGCCGAGGAAUGCGAACAUCUCACCCCACCUAAGUGCAACCGUGAAAAUAGGGAAAUGGUCUUCCCUAGCGAGCCAUUACGGCGUGCAAGAGCUGCAGAUAAUGGUCACAAAACGAGUAAGAUUGAAGUAGCUGCUACACUGACUAUGGAGGACACUUUGGAUGCUAACACUGUAACAGCCGAAAAGGACAUACUUGCGCUGAGAAACGAACAGUACACUUCUGUUGCACCUAUGCUGCCACGAACUGUCUGCUUCCCAGCAUUGACGAUUUUGUUUGCGGCGGUAUUACUCGUCUUCAUUUUUCUCACAUCCACUAUCGCUGUAUUUUAUAUUGCCCGCUACCGAACAUAUGUCGUUAAUCCCAAGCAAUAG